AUAGACUCCUUUGAACUGCUGUAUUAUUAUGAUGAACACCUGGGACAUAUAAUGUGGUAUAUUCCUUUCUUCAUCAUCCUAUUUAUCUACUUCAGCGGCUGCUUCUGCAGUUUUCAAGAAGAGAGGAGGAUCACUGUGCCUGGUUGGCUGUUACUGGGACCCAGCGCCCUCUACUAUUGGUAUUUGGUCACAGAAGGACAAAUCACUGAACUGUUCUUGCUCACUUUCUUUGCAAUGGUUACCAUGGUGAUGUUUCAACAUCAUAAAGGCCUCAGCCCAGACAGUAAUGGCCUGUUUCUUUUGUACAGUUUUAGUGUCACUCUGUUACUUGUGGCUCUGUGGGUGGCCUACUUAUGGAAUGACCAGGUUUUACGCAACAAGUACCCCGGACUUCUUUAUGUUCCAGAGCCAUGGUCUUACUAUACAUUACAUAUCAAGAAGAACCACUGAAAUACAGGCCCAGAAAGUAUAUAGAAAACGCUGUGCUUUAGAGAGAAUGUCAGAAGUCAGAUUAUGAUACUGCUGUGAAAAUUAGAUGGUUAAAUGGCCUUGUGUGAUUGUGUAAGUGUGCUUUAAAAUACUUUUCAUUUUUUGUUUCAAACACAUUUAAGUUCAAAAAUCAAUAUUGUUUUUAAAUAAAGAAUGAUUGGUGUGGUUCGUUCAUUACUUCA